UCGAAUAUUUUGGGACACAGACAGCAUGCAAGGAGAAGUAAAGAAGUAAAAGCGUACUUUUGAAGUUCGUCUUUUUGAUUAAUUAUCGAGGACAUAUACGAGACAAAAGUACACACAAGAUUCAUUAUCGCAUACUUUAAUUACAGAGAUGGCUGCGUCCUUGUCAGCAUAUUGGGUGAAGUUUUUCAAAGCUGCUGGCUUUCCGCCAGAUCUGGUCACGAAACAUGCACUCGUAUUCUCCAACAACCGUAUCAAGCCGGAUAUGCUACCGGAUUUGGAUAAAUCUAGUCUCAAAGAUAUGGGUAUCACGUUAAUGGGUGAUAUGAUCGCUAUAUUGAGGUACGCCAAGAAAGUGGUGGAAGAAACGACAUGUGAAAGAUUUCUGGUUGAUUCGGAAGAUACACCUUCGGCAAAGACCUCUGCACAACCUAUGACGAAGAAAAUAGUAAAAGAGGUAGGCAAAAAGACAGUUUCAUCAGCCUCUGUUAAAACAGAACCUUUGAAGAAGGUAAUUAAACCUUUGUCUUCAAUGAUGAAGAAAAACAUAACCAUAAAGAAACCUAUUUCUGUGUCGAACGUUACCAAUGCUGAGUAUAUUAAUCAAAAAAAGCAGCUGCCUAUUAAGAGAAAACUGGUUCCCGAUGAAGCUUACGAAAGCAAUGGAGAAGAAAGCAAUGACGAAGCAAUGAAUUGGAACAUUACGGAGAAGAAAAAAGCAAAGAUGUCGACAAAUGAUAGUGAAGUUGACAAUGUCGAAUACAAGAUCGCUGUUUCAAAGACUUCAAAUGUGAGAACUCAACAGAUACUUAAGAAGCCUGCAGAGCAGAAACGCACAGUGUUUGACCGAUUAGGCGACAGUUCUGUCACGAGUACGACCAAUUCAGCUGAUACAUCGCUCGUCUUCAACGUCACCGGUAUCAACAAGGAUAACGUGCUCAAGAGAUCAGUUAGUGUGUUCAAACGUCUUGGUGAAAUAGACGACAAGAAGGAGUAUACAGAUACCGUGAGAAUAUUGAAAAAUGGCUCGAGUAAUACCGUUAGUUUACCUGGCAUCCUGAAGAAUCGAAGCGCCGAUGCACGCACGUCGAUCAUCACGACGAAAAGGAUCGCAACUAAAACUACAGGCACAAUGCACGCUGAUCAUGAGGUCGGCAAGAAGGUCAUCCUGAACAAUACGAAAUGUAUAUUUAAGGUAGAAGGGAAACCAACAUCCGAUUCUAUUUCGAGCGACAAAAGAACCACUAAAAUUACGAUAUCGCCUGGCAAGUUAGCUUCAGAGCGACUCGUCUCGAUACCUGCCAAGGCGCGACUUGGUGCGACUACACCUAAACAAGUGACUUUCAGCAAAGUUGCGACUGUCACGCAUAUGAAGAAGGCAGACGUCUUCAGCCGGUUAGGCGUAUAAACACUUUUUUAUAUCAUCAUGCUAUCAUCAGGUCAAGAAUGAGUGGCUUGCAAUUGCUACUUUGUACAAUGUUAAUAGAUAGUUUCCCCUUCAAGUCAGCUACACUGAUUGUUGGUUAGCGGUUGAUGGUAAUCGAUUCAAUUUGUUUUUUGCUUUUCUCGUCGAAUGAAUAAACCGCUAGCCACGCGUCAGAUUAGACUGGUCAAUCAAGGCUGGUCUUGAGUUGCGAGUAGGGUGUAAAUAAAAGAUAUAUCAUGGUUUAUAUAUAUAUAUAUAUAUCUUCUAGCGAUACAUUUAUGUGAAGUACUCAUGAUGAGAGAGGUUCUUUUAUUUAAAAGCUAUUGUGGAAAAUUUCGAAUAAUUUAAUUUUGUGUAAGAAUUGGCGCAAGUAUAACUCGUACGAUUAAGUAGCCUCGACUGUGUAUCAGCGUUUUUAUUUUUUUUUCCCCAAGAAAGGAGGACGAUCUUUAGCUUUUACUGCAUAUCUAUUUUGCAGCAUCAGUUCAUCAUGUUCACAAUCUUUUAUACUCAUGAUGUAUUAUUGUAAUGCCAAUAUAUAUAUAU